AUGAUUUUUUAUACGGGUCGAACAGGUACAAUCUAUGGUGGAAAUAAAAUUGAUGAAUAUAGUCGACGAACAGAUGCAAUCAACGCCUUUCAUGUAUUAUUUCUUGAUAAAACAGGUAAUGAUUGGUCGGAUAAGAAAAAUUUUCAAAAGUUACCAAACAAACAUUAUCCACUUGAAAUUGAUUAUGGACAACAUGCCGAUAAUGAUGAGAUGCGAAAACUACUGGAAAGUGCUAAUUUAAAUAUUCAAUCAAAAUUACCAAAUCCAGUUCAAGAUCUUGUUAAAAUGAUUUUUAAUGUUGAAACAAUGCAACAGGCGUUGCUAGGAUUUGAAAUCGAUUUAACUAAAAUGCCAUUAGGAAAACUAUCGAAAAAUCAAUUAGAUAAGGCUUACAAAGUUUUAACAGAAUUACAAACUUUGAUUACUAGUGGGACUAUGACAUCAAAGACAGCUAUUAUUGAUGCAAGUAAUCGAUUUUAUACUUUGAUUCCUCAUGAUUUUGGUUUGGCUUCACCACCAUUACUUGAUAAUGUUGAAUUGAUAAUAUCUAAAACUGAUAUGAUUGAUAAUUUACGUGAAAUCGAAAUAGCUUAUUCAAUGUUAGAUCAAUCAAAUAAUACCAUUGAAAGUAGUGAACAUCCAAUAGAUGCUCAUUAUAAGAAAUUAAAAUGUGAUCUUGAACCGGUGGAUCAUAAUUCAGAAGAAUUUAAAAUUAUUGAAAAAUAUAUGAUAAAUACUCAUGCUAAAACGCACGAUCAAUAUAUAUUGAAAUUACGUGAAUUAUUUAAAACUGUACGUGAAGGAGAAUUUGAUCGUUUCAAGAAAUUUCAAACACUUGAUAAUCAUCAAUUAUUAUGGCACGGUUCACGAACAACUAAUUUUGCUGGUAUACUUAGUCAAGGUUUACGUAUUGCACCACCUGAAGCACCUGUCACUGGUUAUAUGUUUGGUAAAGGUGUUUAUUUUGCUGAUAUGGUUUCCAAAAGUGCAAAUUAUUGUUUCACAUCAAAACAAUCUCCUGAAGGAUUAAUGCUUUUAUGUGAGGUAGCACUUGGAAAAAUUCAUGAAUGUUAUAAAGCAACAGCUUUAUCUGCAUCAACUCUACCAUCUGGUACUCAUUCAACAAAAGGUUGUGGAUCAACAACACCAAAUCCGAAAGAAUAUUAUUAUACAAAUGAUGGUGUACUUAUUCCGAUGGGUCAAGGUGUUCCAGCAGAUAUCCGACAAACUUCAUUAUUGUACAAUGAGUACAUCGUCUAUAAUACUGAUCAAAUCAACAUGAAAUAUCUUUUACGUAUUGAUUUUCAAUAUAAAUAUUAA